UUUCCUUCUGAGCCACCAGGGGAGGGGGACAGGAGGGCUCAGAGCUGGAGUGUCUCCAAGUGUCUGUGCUGAUGGGAAACCGAGGCCCAGAGGGCAGAGGACCCACCAGGUGGCUCCGGGCCCCGGUACGAGGCCGAGGGGCACUGGGACCAGCAGGAUCUGUAAUUUCAGUCCUUUGGGUGACAAGGGGCUCGGGCGGCCGGGGUGCAGCUGGAGGGUCUGUCUCUCUCGGCUCAGACUCCCCCGUGCCCGCCUCUCGGCGCCUCCCAGGGUGACCCUCGGGGCAUGUGGGGUUUGGGGCAGAGAGUGGGGACCCCCCCGCCCCCCGUCGUCACAGUGACCUGGAAGCGGGAGGUUAUGGUUGGCCCGUCCAGGCCUGGUCCAGGCUGUGCUGGUCGGAGCAUUUAACUCAUGCCGACUGUGUGCAGCUUCCAGGGGUCCCGUGAGAGGGGAGAGGGGGUCGUGUGGGGAGGGGAUGUGGGCCCUCGUCCUGGGGCCCUGGGCCUCCUGCCCACCCCACAAAGGCCCGACCUCGGCAGCAUGGAGCCCUGCUCCUUUGGGAGCAUCUGGCAAUGCUGACAUUGAUCCAGCUCCUUCUGCAAACCGGUUCAAGGCUGAGAGUGUGCCUGGUGGGCUGCCAGAAAGCAUCGACUGGAUGAGAAAGGGAGUCCGGUUGAAUCCCGGCUUUACUAUGUCUUUGCUGUGUGUCCUUGGGAGGCCCACUGACCUCUCUGGGCCUUUAGGUUCCUGGGAGACUCCAGGGGAGGCCGCUGUGAGCAGCCCCAGAAGUCCCGGGACAGAUGGUCAACUUUGCAAGCCCCAGGGUUGGAGGGUCCUGGUGGCAGAGACCACGUCCCAGCAGGAGCGGCUCCAGGCCAUUGCUGAGAAGCGCAGGCGGCAGGCGGAGAUGGAGAACCAGCGGCGGCAGCUGGAGGACGCGCGGCGGCAGCUGCAGCAUCUGAAGUCCAAGGCACUGCGGGAGCGCUGGCUGCUGGAGGGCGCACCGUGCUCGGCGUCGGACGGGGACGAGGACCUGCGGAGGCAGAUGGAGGCGGACGAGCAGAGGGCGCGGCUGCUGGAGGAGGCCAUCGGCAGGCUGGAGAAGGAGAUCGAGGCGCUGGAGAACGCGGACGCGGCCCCCGCCACUGCCAGGGAGCCCGCGGCGGCCCCCAGCCCGGCCCAGGAGGAGGAGAAGGCGGAGGUGGUGGUGAAUUCCCAGCAGAGCCCGGUGGGCACGCCCAAAGAGAAGCGCGUCUCCACGCCCGCGAGGACGGCCGCAGGCGCCACCAUGAUGAAAGCAGGUGGGUCACCCCGUCCGCCGCGGGUCCGGGGCCGAGGGUCGCCGGUGCCGUCCGCGGGGGCUGUGGUCGCACGGCUGGACCGAGGCGGCGCUCCGAGCCUGGGGUGGGGCCUGGCCGCCUUCUGCUUUGGCUCGUCGGCACACGCGGCCCGGCUUCCCCCGAGAAGACGGGCCCCCCGCAUGGCGGCUCUAACCUGACGCCCCUCGCGGCUUCUCUGCCCUAACCUCGCCGCUGCUCCCGCCCGUGGGGUGCUGCACACGCCCGCACGCACCCGCUGCACGUCCUCCUCCUCCGUCCUCAGGCCGCCUCAGGAGAGGGAGUGAGCGCCCCAUCCCUGGAGGUGACCAAGCUGGGGUCUGGGGCAUUUUGGGAGCUGGGGUUAGUGCUAGGUGUUCUCCAAGGUCAGGGGUCAAAUUCCCACUCUGCCCCUCGACACUUGGCGCUGGGGUCCCCCUGCCGGAAGGGCGGGAGUGGAGUGACCUUGUGGCACCAGGCCGAGCGGAGAGUGAUGACAAGUCAUAGCAGACGGCAAAACCUCGCUGCUGCUGCUGUUGCUGUAAUUGAGCAGGGAGGCGGAGGCCGUCCUGGGGGCGAGGUGGCCGGGAUGUGACGACACCCGGCCGCCCAGGGGGCAGGAGGCAGAGGGUCGCAUUUCCCAGAGACGAGGUGCCUUCAGGCCUUUGCGCCAGAUGGACCAGGCCCAGCAGCACCGGGGCCAGACGCCCCUACUGUUCUCUCACUCCGUGACCUCUUGUGCAGUGCACGACCUGCCCAACUGUGUCUGGAGGUGGGAGUGUCAGGCUGUGUAGGAACAUCGGAUUGAAUAAGAGUCAUUCAUUCAAGCGCUCGUGGGGCCCGGUGUGAGGCACACGGGGGGGGCCGGAGUCCCCAUGGGGCGACAGCCUGUGCAGUUAACUCAGGGAGAAAGCGAGGCAGAGAACGGGGAGCCAGAGGGGGGCAGUUUUAAUGGGAGGUUUCAGGGGAGGCUGAACUAGGGGGUGACGCUGAGCAACGACCCGCAGGAGGAGACGGCGCGGGGCCUGCGGACAGCGGGGUGGGGGAGGGUGUUCCGGGCGGAGGGCG